GGCUCACUGGAUACACUGUCUCGAACGAAGCGAAAGGUUCUCCUGUUCCCGAUCCAAACCACCCUGCAGGUCAGCAUGUGCACGGCCACCAAUGGGCGCCUGUUUUUCCCGAAAAAGAAGUACUCCGCGCGCAAGCUGGGCAUCAACUUGGGAUUCCAGCAGAACUUCAACCUGCCCUUUCGGCUGCUGGAGUUCUACAAACCGGCCACAUGGGCUCGAGCGAUCGCGGGCAUCGUGCGGGGCUACUUCCCGUCGACCAGUGUCGUGACGGCUCGGAGCUGGAAGCGGUCCACCGAUCACGACCACAAUCGUCAACCGUUGGCCCUCAGUGCCGGUCAGUUGUACACGCUGACGGAGGACUUCCUGCAGGUGUUCGGCUACGACAAGGACUGUCUGCUUCGGAGUGUCUGCGAGCUCGCUCACAGCCCGUUCGACCAGGCGGAACUCGAGCAGGACUUCAUUGCUGAGGUGGUGCACCUUCUGCUGAGUCCCUCCGUGCACGAGUCUUUCGCCGACGACGAGCAGGAACUGAAGCGAGCGUACGAAAUGGCGGAACGGCUCGGAGCCAGUGGGGCCAACUGCGAGCUGAUCUACGACCGUUGCUACCGAUCGGUGCUGAGUGAUUUUUCCAACCUGGUCGGCGAAGACGCGCGGACGUGA